CUGGGAUACAGCUAUUUACUAACCCUGUAUAUCUGGGAUACAGCUAUUUACUAACCCUGUAUAUCUGGGAUAAAGCUAUUUACUAACCCUGUAUAUCUGGGAUACAGCUAUUUACUAACCCUGUAUAUCUGGGAUACAGCUAUUUACUAACCCUGUAUAUCUGGGAUACAGCUAUAUACUAACCCUGUAUAUCUGGGAUAUAGGUCUUUACUAACCCUGUAUAUCUGGGAUACAGCCUUUUACUAACGCUGUAUAUCUGGGAUAUAGCUAUUUACUAACCCUGUAUAUCUGGGAUAUAGCUCUUUACUAACCCUGUAUAUCUGGGAUAUAGCUCUUUAUUAACCUUGUAUAUCUGGGAUAUAGCUCUUUACUAACCCUGAAUAUCUGGAAUAGCAUGCAUUCUUGUGGUAUAUAAAAGGUCCAAUUGUUCUCAAUCCUUUCUUGUGUUUUCCAGGUACGAUGGACACAGAUGCCUUCAAAGAUCAAGAAGAAGGACGUGCAAUAGCUGAUGAAAAUGAGGAAGUAAUGCAGGCCUUACUUAUCCAUGAAAAGAAGAGUGCGGCUGCUGCUUUGGGGGGCGGCUCUGCUCCAUCAACCAAUGCCGGUGCUGGCAGCGACUCAGACAGCGACACAAGUGAAUCUGACCAAGAUAGUCCGGCCUCCCGGCACCCAGUGAUACCUUCUUCUCGAAUGUAUGAGGAGGAUGACGAUGACGAUGAGUUUGAAGAGGUGACAUCUGACCUAACAGUCACUGUUGGAGGGCGUCCAUUCCUGUACAGUGAGGUGAGUCAGCGCCCAGAGCUUGUGGCACAGAUGACCCCGCUGGAGAAGGAAGCCUACAUCGAAAUGGGAAAGAAGAUGUUUGAAGACUUGUACGACUAAUCAUAAUCUCCAUCCUGCUUACAAGAUCAAUCCCAAACAUACUGAGAUGUUUUCAACAAACUAUGCGAUACUUCGAUGGUUACACCUGCUGUGUUUCAAUGGUUACACCAGCCAAAUGCCCAAUUAGAAGACUUGUUUACCUUGUUGAGUUUUUAUUUUAAGGAAUGAGUAUGUAGAUCGAUUUCGCACAGUAUGAACUAAGAGCUUCUAUCCUAAGAGUCAUCACCAAAUGGACCUGUGUGUGUGCAGAUCUGCUGUGUGGACUGUACAGUAUUAGCUAGAUACUUUUUUUAUGCAAUAUUUGAAUUCUGUUAUGAGAAUUUUCAUAGUUUUAUGGUUUAAUUUUAGUAUUCGUUUAAAGUCAUAACCAUUUUGAAUUCGAUGACAUUUUCUCAGAUUUUUCAGAAAUGCUUUUUUUUUUUCGGCAGUUGGUAGUCUGAUUGUGUUAUGCAGAGAUAAAGUCCAAAUGUAACAUUAACUGCGGUUUCUUGUGCACUGAAGACAUAGGUUCAUCUAAUUAACAGAUCACUCUUGUUUCUUAUCGGAGGAAUAUGGUAAUUUUUCCCAUUCCUAUCAAUUAGAGAAAGCAUUAUGUCCAUCAGCAAAAGAUUUCGAUUUUGGGGUAAGCUCUGCUCCUGGUUACAGUAUUACCAUACAAAACAUUUUUGUAUGAACUUGUCUCAAUAAAAUGGUAGAAUUAGAAACACUUUGAUCGAAUGGCAAUAAGAGCCCAAACAACAAUGUGACACGAUUUAACUUUCUAGGGAUUGAACAUAUCUCUGUACUUAAUGCUAGCCGUUACUGUUUUUAAAUUAGCCGAAUUGCCAGGGCAUCCAUAGAUGUCCCAUCAGUUUUAUUCAUGUAUUUAAUUUGACUGUAAUGCUGCUAAGAUGAACGUAGCCAGACCCUCCAGGGUAAGCAGCCAUCCUUGGCCUUGGAUAAUGAGACCUACGCCUUCAGGGCAGCGAGUUAUAAUCAUAUAAUGGAUGCAGAUACACUUUUCACCUUGUUUUACUGGCUGGUAUUUUUUAUUCCUGUUUUCAGGUGGAAAGUUUAUAUUUCUUUUACAUUACCUUGUUCCCUUCUAAAUAAAGUUACUUUUGUUUUUACUA